ACGAGUGAGACGGACGUCAUCGAAAACAUCAUGGUGGACUCGUGUUUGUGCAUGGUGCUAGACUUGGAUUAAAACGUCGACCAUAUGGAAUAUAUGUCGAAAAGCUGAUCAUUAAAUACGAGCCUCUCUGAAGUAGGACAGAAUGCUUCGCAGAUCCAGGAUCAGUGUUCGUCCGAACGUCAGGCCAGCAGGCAGAGGGCCAGCCCCAGCCUCCUCCCAGGACACUCCACCUUCCCAGGAGGCUCCAGCUGCAGUCUCCCAGGCCUCCGAGGACCUUCCCCAGGCAGGGGGCCAGUGCGUGAAGGACACCACCACAACUGCAGUGCUAGAAGCCUCGACAGAGUCCACCACACCCAGAGAGGAUGGAAAAGACCCAAAUGGCGAGGGUUCCAGCAGCACCCCCUCUGCCGGUCUUCAAAGGAGGAAGCGGUUCUCUGUCAUGCCAAACCUUGCCAAACCCCGGGUGGCCGCCACCCCAGCCCUCACCCGCUCCUCCCCCAGGACCCCCAAGUCCCCUGUGAGAGCGGGCACUGAGACUCCAGCUCCAACCCCUGAGGCUCCAGAGGCCCCCAGACAGACAGAUUCUGGACCCUCACAGGGCAUGAGAUCCCCAAGGCGGAGGCCCUCUGGAGGUAGUAGGCAGGCCAAAGGACAGCCCAAACCCAGGCCACUGUCCCCAGCUUCCCCAGGCCCUACAACAACCUCUCUGGGGAAUGUGGCAGUGGAGAACUCAUCCUUGUCACAACAGACCCCGCAGGCAGCAGGCAAAGGCAGCAUCCAAUCAGAUCUCCUGAAAAAAACACCAAUCAUUAAAGUUCCAUCCACUCCGUUAGAGAUGGUCCCAUCGUCCUCCCUUCCAGACAAAGAGGGUAUCUCAGUAUCAGAGAGAGCUAAGACUCUGGUCGCCAGGUCUGUGUCUGGUGGGCUCACCGGGCUGGCACCAGGGAAGUCCAGGCUUAGCAGGUUCCUGAAUGACCCAACAGACCUACAGAGGCUGGCUAAGGCCCGGAAGCUCAGAGAGCUGCUGAGACAGGAGAUGAACAAGGAGAAGAAACGGAGCAAAGCCAAGGUGUGUGUGAGCGAAUACACACUAGAUCCCUCUAAAAUGACCAUGAGAGAUCUCAUCUACUACCUGCCUGAUACCAACCCCAUGACGUCUUAUCUGGUAGAGGAACAGAAGGAGAAUGAGACUGUCCUCCCACUCACCCCACCAAGAGAAGAGUCACCUGAAAGACUCCCAACACCGGAGGCCCCAGCUGAGAUAGCCAGCCAGGGAGAUGAAGAUGAGGAUGAGGAUGACGAUGGGGUGAUGGUCCCGCGGGUGAAGGUGGCAGAAGACGGCUCUCUGAUCAUCGAUGAGGAGAGUUUGACGGUGGAGGUCUUGAGGCAGAAAGGGCCCAACCCAGCUGAUGAUAGAGACCCCAUCUUUGAGCGUGGCUCCACAACCACCUACUCGAGCUUCAGGAAGGGGACACACGUCAAGCCCUGGUCCAACAAAGAGACGGACAUGUUCUUCCUGGCCAUCAGUAUGGUGGGAACAGACUUCUCCAUGAUUGGACAGCUGUUCCCUCACCGCGGUCGCACCGAGAUCAAGAACAAGUUCAAGAAAGAGGAGAGAGCAAACAGCUGGAGGAUAGACAAGGCCUUCAAGGAGAAACGCAGGCUGGACCAUGAGUUCUUCACUAGUCUCCUGGAGAAGAUCUUGGCUGCAGAGGCAAAGAGGAACAAAAAUAAGUCCCCCACAGAGAAGAUACGGAUGAAGAAAAAAAUCAAACAGAAAGAAAAGAAAGCAGCGAAGCAGCUGAGCGAUGUGGAGGAGGAGGGGUUAGACGCGGAGAUGGACACAGAGGAGGUGGAGGGAGAGAAGGAGAACGAGAACGUCUCUAACGAAGGGACCACGCUUUCUUCCGCUCCCACCCCUAAGAGAAAACGCAAAAGUAGGGAUGGUGGAGGAGAGUCCUCUCCUGAAGAAGCAAAGGAUGGAAAGAAAAAGAAGAUUGACCUAAUAACAAGUGAUCAAGAAGAGGCUGGUGUACCUGAAGAUUCUGAGGCAGGGCCUCCAGAGAGUUCAAAGCAGGCAGAAGGACCUGUGGAAGCAGCCAAGGGACCUGUGGUGAUCAAACCAGCCCAGUUGUCCCGUGGCCGAUCCCAGAUACCUCUUCCUAACCUGGGUAGGAAGUGGGGCCAGAGGGGCCCCGAGCCCAAUACCAAGCCUAACGUUAAAGAUGGGGCCACACCUACAGAGGAGGAGAACACUGAAGAAGGGCUGUCUGAAGAACAGGUAGAUACAGAUGCUUCCCCUUCAGUCAGUCAAAAGGAGAAAAAGAAAGCUGGUAAACUCUCUUCAUCUGAGGGAGAGGAGGAAGAAGCCAGCGAUAAACCCAUCAAACCCACCAGGUACGGCAGAAUACCCAAAAAGACACAGCUCUUGAAUUACCCUGCAAAGGAGGAUGGGGACUCGCCCUCAGACUCUGCCCCCACUCCAGCCUCAGACGGAUCCCCCUCCACCAUGCCCAAAUCCAAACCAGCUACCAGGAGGGCCAAAAUCAAACCUGGCCCAGCCCUGCCAGGUAGGAUGGGCCAAUCAGCGGCUAGGAAAUCCAAGCUGGUCACCCUCAGGGCGUCCCAGUCUGAAGAUGAUGAAGAUGAGGAAGAAGGAGCAUGGAGAGAGGAGGUGCAGGCCGAGGAGGACACCCACAAUCCCACAAGCCCAGAGGAGGAGAAUCAGGCACCUGCGUUCAUCCCCAUGAGCCUUCGCUCGCCACAACCUGUCGCCACAGAGGUUGAGGAGACCAUGGAGGAGGUGAAAGGGCUCGAUAUCUCCGUCAACGUGCCUGAUGUCCUGGGUAUUUCCCAUGAUGCAUUCUGCCCUGACUCGUCAUGCGAGCGGGCACAGGGUGCUGAAAUGGGCACAGUGCCCUGUGAACAUCAGUUGGACCUGUUAGUAGAUGUGAUAGACUUCCUGUCUCCAGAUAACAUGGAAGUAUCUGAGGAGAGCUACAACGAGGCAGCUAGAACCCUUCUGGCCAUCGGCAACCUCACCCACCUGUCUCAGGCGGCUGAAGCCUUCACUGCCGGAGCAGAUGAUAUCAUCACAGAAGGAUGUUCCAAUGAGGACCAACUGUACCAGAUGACACCACAGCCCACUGACCAAUUACAAACCAGCACCAUUCCUUCUGAAUCUCUUAGAGUCACUGAGGCAUCACAAAUCGCUGAGGAUUCUGUACCUGUUGCCUCGUCAACAACAGCCUCUGUCCCUGUCACCACGACAACAGCUUCUAUCCCAGGCUCCAAAAUAACAGCCUCUGUCAUAGUUACCAUGGCAACAGCCUCAGUUCCAGUCACCACGACAACAUCCUCUCCUCCAGUCACCUUGACAACAACGGCCUCUAUCCGAGUCACCACAUCAACGGCAUCUGUCCCAGUGCCUCAGAGCAGUGAUACGCCCACUCUAGAAACUCCACCCAUAGAGGAGGGGCCUCUCAGACAGAGGGAGGGGACUGAUAUUGGACACGCCUCUCAGGUGGAAUCAGGUUCUGAAGUGUCAGAGGGCUCAGAGCAACAGACAACCUCACAGACCAGGAGGAGCCACUUCCCUAAGGUCAAACCCAACCUGGGACGGGCUGCCAGGACCACACAACCCAAACAGACGACCACCACACUGUCAGAACCACCACAGACUACCACCACACUCUCUGAACCACCACCUGAGCCUAUGCUGAAUAUCACCACAACCCCAGAACCACAGCCUACCAUGCAUAUCACCAUAGAACCACCACUGCCUUCUGAGAGUAUUAACACAGAGUCAGAAACACAGCCCAAACAGAGAACUACCACACACUCAAAAUCACAAUCCACCACCACACACUCCAAGCACCAGCCCACCACAAAUAUUAUCCCACACUCAGAACCACCGCCCAUUCAGAAAACCAGAAUAGCGUAUUCAAAACCACAGCCUGCAUUGAAUACCACCACACAGUCAGAACAACCCCAGCCCACACUAAAUUCCACCACAAACACACUCUCAAAACAACAAUCCACACAGAGUACCACCAUACUCUCACAACCACAGCCCACCUCAAGCCUUGAGCAGCCAGGUCCAGUUACACUCAGACCCAAAGUCCCAGAGUCACCUCUGAGGUCAACAGGAGAGGUGAAAGGUCACGAUGGCCGUAAGGGAAAUACUUCAUCUUCCCUCAGUGCUGGAGGGUCCCAGUCAGGGACAUCAAACUCAGACGAGGCCAAACAGACAGGUCCUCUAACCCGUAGGGCCCGUUUACCUAAACCCAAACCCAACUUGGGUCUCACCGCCAAAGCCACUACACGCUCUGCAGUCCAAUUACCAGAAAGCAGGCCAUGCCCUGAAGUCCAGACACCAGAGGAAGCUGAUGAGGUUCCCAUUGAAAUACAAAAGAUCCACCAAGUCUCCCCCCUUUCUGACAUCAUCGAUACCACCCAGGAGGAAAUACAACAGAUUCACCAAGUCAUCCCUCAUCCACCCAUAGAGGGGCCUCUCAGACAGAGGGAGGGGACUGAUAUUGGACACGCCUCUCAGGUGGAAUCAGGUUCUGAAGUGUCAGAGGGCUCAGAGCAACAGACAACCUCACAGACCAGGAGGAGCCACUUCCCUAAGGUCAAACCCAACCUGGGACGGGCUGCCAGGACCACACAACCCAAACAGACUACCACCACACUGUCAGAACCACCACUAGAUUCUAUGCUGAAUAUCAUCACAACCUCAGAACCACAGCCUACCAUGCAUAUCACCAUAGAACCACCACUGCCUUCUGAGAGUAUUAACACAGAGUCAGAAACACAGCCUAAACAGAGAACUACCACACACUCAAAAUCACAACCCACCACAAAUAUCAUCCCACACUCAGGACCACAGCCCAGUCAGAGAACCAGAGUAGCGCAUUCAAAACCACAGCCUGCAUUGAAUACCACCACACAGUCAGAACAACCCCAGCCCACACUAAAUUCCCCCACAAACACACUCUCAAAACAACAAUCCACACAGAGUACCACCAUACUCUCACAACCACAGCCCACCUCAAGCCUUGAGCAGCCAGGUCCAGUUACACUCAGACCCAGAGUCCCAGAGUCACCUCUGAGGUCAUCAGAAGCGGUGAAAGGUCACGAUGGUUCAAAGGAAAAUAGUUCAUCUUCCCUCAGUGCUGGAGGGUCCCAGUCAGGGACAUCAAACUCAGACGAGCCCAAACAGACAGGUCCCCCAACCCGCAGGGCCCGUUUACCUAAACCCAAACCCAACUUGGGUUGCACCGCCAAAGCCGCUACACGCUCUGCAGUCCAGGUAUCAGAAAGCAGGCCAAGCCCUGAAGUCCAGACACCAGAGGAAGCUGAUGAGGUUCCCAUGGAAAUACAACAGAUCCACCAAGUCGUCCCCCUUUCUGACAUCAUCGAUACCACCCAGGAGGAAAUACAACAGAUUCACCAAGUCAUCCCUCAUCCACCCAUAGAGGGGCCUCUCAGACAGAGGGAGGGGACUGAUAUUGGACACGCCUCUCAGGUGGAAUCAGGUUCUGAAGUGUCAGAGGGCUCAGAGCAACAGACAACCUCACAGACCAGGAGGAGCCACUUCCCUAAGGUCAAACCCAACCUGGGACGGGCUGCCAGGACCACACAACCCAAACAGACUACCACCACACUGUCAGAACCACCACAGACUACCACCACACUCUCAGAACCACAGCCCAGUCAGAGAACCAGAGUAGCGCAUUCAAAACCACAGCCUGCAUUGAAUACCACCACACAGUCAGAACAACCCCAGCCCACACUAAAUUCCCCCACAAACACAUUCUCAAAACAACAAUCCACACAGAGUACCACCAUACUCUCACAACCACAGCCCACCUCAAGCCUUGAGCAGCCAGGUCCAGUUACACUCAGACCCAUAGUCCCAGAGUCACCUCUGAGGUCAUCAGAAGAGGUGAAAGGUCACGAUGGCCCUAAGGGAAAUACUUCCUCUUCCCUCAGUGCUGGAGGGUCCCAGUCAGGGACAUCAAACUCAGACGAGGCCAAACAGACAGGUCCUCUAACCCGUAGGGCCCAUUUACCUAAACCCAAACCCAACUUGGGUCUCACCGCCAAAGCCGCUACACGCUCUGCAGUCCAGGUACCAGAAAGCAGGCCAUGCCCUGAAGUCCAGACACCAGAGGAAGCUGAUGAGGUUCCCAUUGAAAUACAACAGAUCCACCAAGUCUUCCCCCUUUGUGACAUCAUCGAUACCACCCAGGAGGAAAUACAACAGAUUCACCAAGUCAUCCCUCAUCCACCCAUAGAGGGGCCUCUCAGACAGAGGGAGGGGACUGAUAUUGGACACGCCUCUCAGGUGGAAUCAGUUUCUGAAGUGUCAGAGGGCUCAGAGCAACAGACAACCUCACAGACCAGGAGGAGCCACUUCCCUAAGGUCAAACCCAACCUGGGACAGGCUGCCAGGACCACACAACCCAAACAGACUACCACCACACUGUCAGAACCACCACAGACUACCACCACACUCUCAGAACCACAGCCCAUUCAGAAAACCAGAAUAGCGUAUUCAAAACCACAGCCUGCAUUGAAUACCACCACACAGUCAGAACAACCCCAGCCCACACUAAAUUCCCCCACAAACACACUCUCAAAACAACAAUCCACACAGAGUACCACCAUACUCUCACAACCACAGCCCACCUCAAGCCUUGAGCAGCCAGGUCCAGUUACACUCAGACCCAGAGUCCCAGAGUCACCUCUGAGGUCAUCAGGAGAGGUGAAAGGUCACGAUGGCCCUAAGGAAAAUAGUUCAUCUUCCUUCAAUGCUGGAGGGUCCCAGUCAGGGACAUCAGACUCAGACCAGCCCAAACAGACAGGUCCUCUAACCCGUAGGGCCCGUUUACCUAAACCCAAACCCAACUUGGGUCUCACCGCCAGAGCCGCUACGCGCUCUGCAGUCCAAUUACCAGAACACAGGCCAAACCCUGAAGUUCAGACACCAGAGGAAGCUGAUGAGGUUCCCAUGGAAAUACAACAGAUCCAUCAAGUCUCCCCCCUUUGUGACAUCAUCGAUACGACCCAGGAGGAAAUGGAACAGAUUCACCAAGUCAUCCCUCUUACUGACGUCAUUGAUUCUACCCAGGGCGAUAUGUCUCUCUUUACGGAGGGAAGCUUUUUCUCGCAACAAAGUGAUGCUGUCUUCAUACAGCACUCAGAAACGUCUGUGUCGACUGCUCCGUUGGACCAGGCCCAGUCAGACCCGGAUGAGCCUAUAUUCAUCCUCUCCCUGACUGAAAUCCCAGUGCUCCCCGCAGGGGAGGAGAAUGGCUGCACAUCCCAGACCCUCUCUGAGCCUUUCUUUUUUCUACCAGACGCAGGCGCUCAACUGCAGCAGAGCAGUGAUAUUGUUGCCCCCAGAGGUAGUUUGGAGAAAGGGAAUGCUGGUGUCCUCUGUGAAGUCCCUGAGCCUAUGUCAGUGGAUGAGGUCCUUCCUCAACCCUCAUACACCAGUAUCAAGGAAGUGGAGUCUGGCUCCACGGCGGGUCCAGUAGGUGUGUGUGCCUCGGCCAAACCCUCAGAAGACUCCAUGGCUGAUGCAGAGACUAGUGAGGACACGCAUCCUCCUAAGAAGAGGAAAGUGCCAGAGAGAGCCAGGAGAGUAGACAAACUGCAGGUGAGACCUAACACUGCAGUAAGGGAACAGACCAGUUGUUCGGCCCCUGCCAAGGAGGCUGUGUCACCCAUUACCCCAGACCAGACACCCUCUUUGACCACUACCACCCUAGACACUUACCACCUCACUGCCUCCAGUCCCCUGGCCCAGCCAGGCCCCUCCGUCACAGGAACUGCAUCACAGCAGGGGACUGUGGGCUGUUUCGAUCGUACAGAGACCGAGCACACGCCGACUGGAGGGGAGGACAAUAGUUCAGGGGCGGAGUCUCAGGCUGCCCGUCAAAUUACACCGCUGGCUAUGAGUGGCCCCUUGAGCAGGCCUGGUAGGAGACCCAGAGGAUUCCUGUCUUUCAUGUCCAAUAAGAACGCCUCCCCUGUAGCUGCCCCCCCCCGAGGUACCAGAGCAGCCGCUCUGAGGCCCCAGGUCAACACCACCCGCCCAGGGGGGAAACGGGCUGCUCCUGCACCUUCCACCACAACCAGAACCAUGCCUUCACCUUCCAUAAUGCAUUACACCACCACCCCCACUAGGGCCACCACUAAGCCAGAUUUUUCCACCAGGGUGACUCAGGAAAAACCCUCUGAUGCCCUGGCAUUACACUCAGACCCAGAGCCCAGUACUUCCCUGUGUACUACAGCUACUGAGUCUUCUCAGGUGCCAGCCGCCCAGUCCAGUGCGUCUCCCUGUGUGGACAGCGGUUCAGCAGACGAGGAACCCAUCAACGUGUCCCAGUACUUCUUCAGUGACAUCUUCACCGAGGUCGAGGAGAAUGAGGGAUGAGAGACGGAGGAAGGGAAAGGAGAUCAAAAAGGCACUCUCUGACUCUUUGUUUGAAUCAAACUGGAGAACAUAAUGUGAAACACUUAAGAAAACAUGUUUUUGUAUCUACCACUGAAAUUAGGUUUCUGCUUGCUUGUGUUUAUGCGAACAAGGUUUCAUGCUUUUGCAGCGAACAGAUUUGGUCACAAGAUGGCAACAGUGAAACCAAACUAGGGAUAAUUCCUCUUCAAAUUUUGGGGGGGACCAAACUGGUGCGCCUUUAAGCUACUUUCCUAUAUUGAAUGAUUACGUUUUUUUGGCUAUUUUACCCCAAUCAUAUCAUCUAGCCUAUUGAGUAAUCUAUUCAUUCUAAUAACAUAUUUAUUUGGUUUAUAUUUUUUCAAACCACACCAAGCCAGACAUUCAUGAUAAUUUCCCUCUAUCUGCAAGAAGGAGACUACUUGAAAUCACUGGCAACUCACUCAACUACAGGGACUUUCACAUUCAGAUUUUGUUUACAUAGGUAGCCAUUGUCUAAACAUGAGUAUUGUGUGUGUGUAUAUAUGUUUAUUAUAAUUUAGAUCUGAUAUAUUGGAGGGGUAUGUAUCCUUAACAUUUACUUUGGUUUUUCACUCUUCAUGCAUGAACAAGACCCAGCUUUGCAGCUUGAGGGACAGCACAGCAAUAUCUCUUUAUUUCAUGCUCCCUGAAGAUACAGGAAAUAUAAUUUCAAAUGGCGCUGGAACAGAAUCCUCUAGUUUAAUCCAUGUACAGUGACAAACUCACAGAAACAGUGCACAGAUCAUGAGUUCAAUUGCAGUUCUCAGUUAUUGAUUAUGUUCUGCAGCCACUGUUGGUUCAAACUAACAUAGCUGUUCUGUAGCUCAUGUAAAAUAUGUGAAUAAAGUUUUAUACGUUAAUGUCUA